AUGCGAUCCACCCCGAAACCCCAUUCAACCCCACGGGCGAAGCAAGCGGCAUCAAGUACUUUGCCGACGAAGCCCAGAGGGGCUUAUUUAGUCGUGGACUUGACGUUUGGUCGGCCCGGAAUCCAAGAUCCGUUUGCUCUCGACGCGGAUACCAUCAUGCAUAGCGGGACGAAGUACUUUGGGGGCCAUAAUGAUCUCCUAUGUGGUACUUUGUCCAUCCCGCCCGAGAGAGAAGAGGCAUGGCUGAAGCGCUUGCACGAACAGCGCACCAUACUGGGCAGCGUACUCGACGACAGCGAAAAUGCAACCUGCCUAGUUCGGUGGAUUGCUGAAUUUCUGAAAUCUGUGGAAGACAAUGCCAUGAAGUCAACCGUCUCCGCGGCAAGACACGCCAGCCUCCAAGAUGCGGACAUGGAUUGGUUGCGAGAGCAGACGCCGAAUGGAUUUGGGCCUGUUUUGGGGUUGGAGAUGAAAACCGAAGGCAUGACUCGUCGGCUAACUGGGCUUCUGGACUUGUUUCAACAUGCCACUAGCCUGGGCGGCGUUGAGAGUCAGAUCGAAUGGAGGAGGCUUAUCGAUCCGUCAUCGAGGCCGACUCUUCUUCGUGUUAGUGUUAGCGUCGAGCAUAUAGAUGACUUGAAGGCCGAUCUCCUGCAAGGGUUUGAGUCAAUGUUGCAGCCUACGCGGGUCUAA